UACACGUCCGAUAUCGUUUCAGAUGCGCUCAAUGUCUAGAUGGAGCCCUCAGGCACCCCAGAGUCCACCACCCAUCUUGAUUAUGAUUAUAAGAGCUUUAUGUGUGAGAACCCAACCUUCACCUUCGCUUCCUUCAGCAUCACCAUCCUGUACUCCCUGGUGUUCCUCCUCAGCCUGCUGGGCAACAGCCUGGUGUUGUGGGUCCUGGUGAAAUACGAGAGCCUGGAGUCUCUCACCAAUGUCUUCAUCCUCAACCUGUGCCUCUCAGACCUGGUGUUCUCCUUCUUGUUGCCUCUGUGGGCCCUGGUGUACCACUGGGGCUGGGUGCUGGGAGACUUCUUCUGCAAGCUCUUCAACAUGAUCUUCUGCAUCAGCCUCUACAGCAGCAUCUUAUUCCUGACCAUCAUGACCAUCCACCGCUACCUGUCCGUGGUGAGCCCCCUCUCAUCUCUGAGAGUCCACACCUUCCGGUGCCGUGUGUUGGUGACCGCAGCUGUGUGGGCGGCCAGCAUCCUGUCCUCCAUCCCCGAUACCAUCUUCCACAAGGUGUUUCAUCAUCCAGAACCUUCAUCAGAACCUUCGCAAUGUGAUUAUUCAGAACUCAAGUGGUACCUCGCCUCAGUCUACCAGCACAUCGUCUUCUUCCUGCUCUCCAUGGGGAUCAUCCUGUUCUGCUAUGUGGAGAUUCUCAGGACCCUGUUCCGCUCGAGGUCCAAGCGGCACCACCGGACAGUCAGGCUCAUCCUCACCAUUGUGCUGGCACACUUCAUCAGCUGGGCGCCCUACAACCUCGUCCUGUUCCUGCAGACGCUGCUGAAACUUGACAUCAUCCAGGGCUGUGUGUUCCACUGGCAGCUGGAUUACGCCUUGGUCAUCUGCCGCGACUUCGCCUUCUCCCACUGCUGCUUCAACCCCGUGCUCUACGUCUUCGUCGGGGUCAAGUUCCGCAGACACCUCAAGAGGCUGCUCCGGCACUUCUGGCUCUGCCGAGCACAGGCACCCAGCUCCUCCCCGGUGCCUCCCUCCCCGGGCUCCUUCCUCUAUGAGGGCGCCUCCUUCUACUGA